GGAGCGGGCGCGGUGCAUUGUGGGCAGAGGGGCGGGGGUUGGGAAGAUGGCGGCUCCCAGCCUCCUCAACUGGAGGCGGGUUUCCUCCUUCACGGGGCCGGUCCCCCGCGCCCGGCACGGACACCGGGCCGUGGCCAUCCGGGAGCUGAUGAUCAUCUUUGGAGGGGGCAACGAGGGCAUCGCGGACGAGCUGCACGUCUACAACACGGUUACAAAUCAGUGGUUCCUACCAGCUGUUAGAGGAGACAUCCCUCCAGGUUGCGCUGCCCAUGGAUUUGUCUGUGAUGGUACCAGAAUAUUAGUAUUUGGGGGAAUGGUUGAAUAUGGAAGAUACAGCAAUGAGUUAUACGAGUUGCAAGCAAGCCGUUGGUUAUGGAAAAAAGUGAAACCUCACCCCCCUUCUUCUGGUUUACCUCCUUGUCCUCGUCUUGGACAUAGCUUCUCUUUAUAUGGUAACAAAUGCUAUUUGUUUGGUGGUCUGGCAAAUGAAAGUGAAGAUUCAAACAAUAAUGUUCCCAGAUAUUUGAAUGAUUUCUAUGAGUUGGAGCUCCAGCAUGGUUCUGGUGUUGUGGGUUGGAGCAUUCCAGUGACUAAAGGAAUUGUGCCUUCUCCAAGAGAAUCCCACACAGCUGUCAUAUAUUGCAAAAAGGAUUCUGGAAGUCCUAAGAUGUAUGUCUUUGGUGGAAUGUGUGGUGCUCGCCUGGAUGAUCUAUGGCAACUUGACUUAGAAACUAUGUCUUGGUCAAAACCAGAAACUAAAGGGACAGUGCCACUUCCACGAAGCCUUCACACAGCCAGUGUUAUAGGAAACAAGAUGUACAUUUUCGGUGGAUGGGUUCCACAUAAGGGGGAGAAUAUUGAGACUUCACCUCAUGAUUGUGAAUGGAGAUGUACUAGUUCAUUUUCUUACCUAAAUCUUGAUACAGCAGAGUGGACCACCCUAGUAUCAGAUUCUCAGGAAGACAAAAAAAAUUCAAGACCAAGACCAAGAGCUGGACACUGUGCUGUUGCAAUUGGCACUCGAUUAUAUUUUUGGAGUGGAAGAGAUGGCUACAAAAAAGCACUGAAUAGUCAAGUUUGCUGCAAGGAUCUUUGGUAUCUUGAUACUGAGAAACCGCCGGCACCAUCACAAGUACAACUGAUCAAGGCCACUACCAACUCUUUCCAUGUCAAAUGGGAUGAAGUGCCCACAGUUGAGGGCUAUCUUUUGCAGCUGAAUACAGACUUACCCUACCAAGCUGCGUCAUCAGAUUCUACAGCAACACCAAAUAUGCAAGGAGUCAGAAUGGACCCUCACAGACAAGGCAGUAAUAGCACCAUUCCUAACAGUGUCAGUGAUACAAUGAACAGUACAAAAACUGAAUAUACAGCUAUGAAAGGAACUUCUGUGAAAAAUAGACCAGAUCUCAAAGCAUCAACUGAUUCUAAUGCUACUUUACAUUCACCUUUGGCAACUAAUGCUUCUAAUCAUAAUAGUUGUGUCGUGGAUGUGCUAAGGAAAAAUGAAGGUCCUCAUACUUCAGCAACUAUAGGUGUUCUAAGUAGUUGCCUGGACUUAAGAACAGUAAUCCCCGAAACUUCUGUAUCCAGUUCUGUUUCCAGCGCACAAACUAUGGUAACCCAGCAGACCAUUAAAACUGAAUCAUCCAGUACAAAUGGGGCAGUUGUUAAAGAUGAAACUUCACUAACAACAUUCAGUACCAAAUCUGAAGUUGAUGAAGCAUGUGCAUUGCCUGCAUCUAAGAUCAGCCGUGUAGAAGCACAUGCUACAGUGAUGCCAUUUUCUAAAGAGACUCCUUCAAAUCCAGUGGCCACAAUGAAAGCAGGAGAACGACAGUGGUGUGAUGUAGGAAUUUUUAAAAAUAAUACAGCUUUGGUGAGCCAGUUUUAUUUGCUGCCAAAAGGAAAGCAAAGCAUCUCAAAGAUAGGAAAUGCAGACGCACCUGACUACAGUUUACUUAAGAAACAAGAUCUGGUUCCAGGCACAGGAUACAGAUUCAGGGUUGCUGCCAUCAAUGGUUGUGGAAUAGGCCCUUUCAGCAAAAUCAGUGAAUUUAAAACUUGUAUUCCCGGUUUUCCUGGAGCUCCUUCUGCAGUCAGAAUUUCAAAGAAUGUUGAGGGUAUCCAUCUCUCCUGGGAACCUCCAACUUCCCCUUCUGGAAAUAUUUUGGAAUAUUCAGCCUACUUGGCUAUCCGCACAGCACAAAUACAAGAUAAUCCAAGUCAACUUGUGUUUAUGAGGAUUUAUUGUGGUCUUAAGACAUCAUGUAUAGUAACUGCUGGGCAGCUUGCAAAUGCACAUAUCGAUUAUACAUCCAGGCCUGCCAUUGUGUUCAGGAUAUCGGCAAAGAAUGAAAAGGGAUAUGGACCAGCUACACAAGUUCGAUGGCUUCAAGGUAAUAAUAAAAAAGCACCUUUAAAUUGAAUUUUUUUUUUUUUUUACUGAAGCUAUUGUGAUGAUUAUUUAUUAGUAACUGGUUUUGAAGAUUUGUCAUUUUAAAGAGUAUUCUCUGACUGUAUUUCUAGCACUUAUGAGUUUGUAAGUUGUUCUUAAAAUGUAUUUGCUCAAUUUUAGAUCCAAAUAAAAAUAGAAAAGAAGCAAAGACUCUCUGAAAAUUAGUAUAUGGAUUCGUCCUUACAGUUAUAUAAUUGCUUUUUUAUAAAGUAAAAUAGUAAAUGUAAAAGCUAGAAGGCUUUAUUACCCCAAUAUCUUUUCUAAAGGCCAUGUAAUUCAGUCAUCCUAGAGUUAUUGAGAUGAUUCUAGUAACUGGCUGUUGUACACUGCGCUGUCUUACAUAGUAAAUAUUCUCUUCAUUGUCAAGGACCCGUCUUUGACUACUCCCUUUAACUUUAUUAUUCUAGAUGAGCAGCGGUCCUAUUAACACCUAUCUUCUAGUGAAUAACAUUUGUGAUACUAAUUUUGAUAGCCGCUAUUUGAUUCAUUUCUUUGUCUACAGUUAGCACAGAGCUUAAGAAAUUACAAAAGAAAGAAAGAAAGAGGAGAGUUUAGAAACUCUGAUUUUGAAUUUUUAUUAUUUUCCAAGAAUCAUGGCAAAAUACAAAAAAGUAAUGGGUUUUCUUGAUUCAUACCUGAUGUAUUGGAAUACAUUUUUGGCCAAAGCACUUAACUUACCCAGUCCUUGGUUUCCUUGUUAAUAGAAGACAGAGUUAAAAUAAUUUACAUUUAAGGUUUCUUUCAGCACUAAAAUUCUUUAUUUUCGUCAGAAGCAAAGUAUAUCUGUGAACAUUUUAACAUCUGUCUUAAUGGCUCUAACUUUGCUUUUGCUGAAAUUAAGAAAACCUUCGUAAUUUAAAAUUCAAAAUUGAAAUACUUAUGUCCUCCUCACUGCAGAGAGAAGCACCUUAACAGAACACAAGUUUUCAAAUAGUGUUUUAAACAUUUGUAAGAUUUUUGUAAAUGCUCUAAAUGUUUUAUUUUUGCAUUGUUUUUACCUCAAAAUUGUAUAAACUUUUUUACAACUGAAAUAUAAACAUUAGACAGCUCACUCAGGUCCCACUGCAACCUUAAAGAUACAGAUAGGCAUGAUGGGUCCUCUGCCACAGGUAGCUUGUUUUGAACCUUUUUGGAAUGUCAUGGUUCCACUGCCUGUUCAGAUCUGGAAUGGAAAUACAGAGCAAUAAAUGCAGAAAAGGUAGUUCACACUACAAGCUGCAAUAACUGCACAGGCCCAGGCCUAUCUUUUUUAUACCAUGUAACCUUACGCCAGUUUAGGUUGACUGAGUAGCUGUGUCCUCGAGCUUCACCUAGAAUACUCCCAGCCAAGAUGGAUUUAAUUGUGCAGAAUUGAUAUAUAUGUAUGUUCCAGUUACUAAUUUAAAAUGUAUAGAAUAUUUUAAUAUAUAAUUUUUGUAAAGAACUGGGAUUUUUAUACUACAGUAUUUGUAAUUAAUGUGUCUCACUAAUUAAGUUUCUCUUGAAGAAAAUAUGCAGACUGUUAGACACUUAAUGAGUGAUUUCCAAACUCUAAAGGUAAAAUAAAUGCACUACUCUGGUGUUGUUAGAAUACCUUUUUUGUGGCUGUAUGAAUCUUUAAUCUUUAAAUGUGUAUUUUACAAACAAUGUUUACAAGGAGCUUCUCUGGUUUGUUAUGUCAGCAUCUCCCUUGGUGAGAGCUUCAUUCUGCGUUUGUUAAAUUCAUAUGCUUUGCUUUUAGCAUAUGCUUGCUUUUUGCACUAGUAGAAUUUUAACUUACCUCAUUAUUAUGUUUGUAAUCAUUUGUAUAGCUUCCAUAAUAUGUCUGAUAUAGGCUAAACAAAUACUUAACCAAAGUUAAAAUAAAUGGUAAGCAAUUUUGCACAUAUUAAAUGCUAGGUUUUGUUGUGUAUAUGUGUGUGUUUAGUUAUAAAAGAGUAAGAAUGAAAAGUUAGAAUAUAUGUUUCAAGUCCGAUUAUUUUAAUGAUCUGUUUGCUUUAUUAGAAAAAGGUCUUGCUUUUAACUCCUUAUUCUCUGCAUUAACAAUUUGCGUCUCAAAGCAUUUCUCUUAAUGACAAGGACUAAGUUGACUUUAAGCAAAGAAAAGAAUAUUUGAGUGUGCACAUUUAUACCUAUUUAGUAUUCGGUUUAGUUUACUUUGCUUACAUGCCUCAACUGUGCUGUGAACCUGUGGUUCUAACAUACAUUUUAUUUUCUAGAGAGAAAGGCACUCUUUCUAUACACCAAGGGAUUUGUGAAAAUAACAAAUGUUUUUACUUUGAGGAUCAGCCCAGAUUCUGUUAUCAUUUUUUGGCAUUUGUACAUUAAGCAGCAGUCACAUUUAUGGAUGACUAAAAAAUGCCAUUGAGAAAUCUCUGUGGCGUGACAUUAAUAGUUAUUAAUAGAUCUUCAAGCUGUGUGUUCAUGAAUAGAAUGAAAUAGGGUAAAUAACAAGAAAAGUGCAUUUAGCUUCCUAUGAUUUGCACAUUUUCUGAGUGAAGAUCCCUGAGUAGCAGUGGGCUAGAUCAUGCAGAUACCUUUCAUAAGAGGAUUUAUGCUGAGUUAAAUGACUUUCCUUCUCCUCCCUACUGGAUAGGUAAUUCAGAUGUACAAGCCUAUGUGCCACAGUCCUCUUCCUGGGCUCUAAAACUUUGGUUCACAUGUGUAGUAAAAAGAUUUUGAUGUUGCAUGCUCUUAGAAUUAUGUUUUCUAAAAUAUUGUAUUGGCUUCAUUUUAGUUUAGUAAACUGUUUUGGCAGUUUAACUAGAAAUAGGGUAUUAUAAGCUCAUUUUUAUCCACAUUAAAAAAAAAACAACAACAGAAAUAAUCUGAUUGCAUGUAUGAGGCCCCCUUGCCCUAUAACCCAAUUACAUAAAUACAAUCAUCUAUAAGAAAGUAAAACUGUUGAUCCAUUAUUUCAAAGACUUGUAGCCUAGCAAAGAUUUGUUCUGGUUAGAGAGACAGUCUACUAUAAAUGAAGGUAUUUUUACUUUUAAAAAUUGCAGCACUUGUAGCAUAAAAAUCAUUUGUAACAUUGGCUAUGAAGAGAUAAUUAGUAUUUAAAGUUAUUGUCGUAAUCUGACCAUGAAUGAAAUAGGUUGCAAAAUAGACUUGGUCUUUGACUGCUUAAGGUGUAAGUGAUGGUCAAGUUUUCCAGGACUGAUUUUAGGCAGUUUUAUGUAUUAUGUACCAAUGAUCUGUAAAAUAAAGCACCUUUUCUAUUAUAAUCAAUUACAGAUGUUAUUUAUUUUGAACUCUAUGAGAGAAAAAUUAGUGAUUGCAGAGUAAAUCUGUAGAAAUGUUGACUUUAUAUUGUUCACUUAAAAUAAUAUAGGCAGUCUCAUAAAGAAUAGAUUGUCUCCCAAAACUUGUUUUUAAGUUAGUGAAUUGUGUUCGGAAUCAUGUAACCCGUAUCUCUCUAACCCUUUUUGUGGCUGAGCUCAUAUGCAAAAAGGCACGUGGCUCCAGGAAAUAGAUCUAAACUGUUGCCAUCUCUUCUUUGUCCUUUAUUCACUCUUAAUCUUUUGUCUUUAUGCUUUACACUCACUUUCAUUCACAGCAGCCAGACUUCUGUCCUGCUACUCCAUCAAAAUGGCCCUAGCGAAGGUCCAGGAUAACUUCUCAUUUCCCAAAUCUGGUGAUUACUCUUGUCCUUCGUAACUCAGCCGCUCCCUGGACACUUGGACAUUUUCUUGAUUUCUGUGAUACUGCUCGGUCGCUCUUUCCAUACCUCCUCCUGUCUGUAAUCCCCUUUUCCACUUGCACCUGCCUCCAUUCAUUUUUUUUCAAGACUCAGGUCCUUUUUCAGGAUUUCAGUAUGGAGCCUUUCUUGAUAUGCCCCAUAUACAGGUAGAUUUACCCUCUUCUUCUUGUGCCCCCACUAUCCUUUGUCAGUCUUCUGUCAUAGCAGCCUAAAAAACAUUGUAUCCUUACUUGUUAGCAUUGUUAUCCCUCUUUGCCAGAAUGGUGGUAGGUCUUUGAGGCAGAGACUGGGUCUUUAUAUUUGUUACAUAUCGGCCACUUACCUGGUACUUAAAUACAUUAACACAUGGUUAAAGAAAAUUGUCAUUUUUACAUCUCUCCAUAUUCUCACUCCCCUCUCCCAAGUUGGGGUAAAAAAUGGGAGGGAGGCUUUGAUAAGGAAAGAGAUUUUAGCAGGUUAGUAAGCCUCUGGGGGAAAUACUAACUCUAGCUUUGUCUUAUCCUGCCCUGCUCUUACUUAGGUUUCUAAGAGAAGUUCUGGGAUAAAUAAACGAUGUGUCACAUAUGUACUGAGCUAAAAGGGAUUUAAUCUAGGUAUGCAUAGAUCUCAAGUGGAAGUUUUUGAUCUAAAAAGAUCUGAGCAUUUAGUGAGAUUCUUGGGAUAUUGCUGAAUUACGAUUUUUAACAUUGGAUGUUCCAGAAGAUGAGCUAAAAAUAUUUCCAAACUAUUUCCUUGUAGGAAAGCCAUGGACAAUUGUCUAGUAUUAGGGAAAAAAACAUACUUAAUACUUAAGCACAGGGACUUCUGGAAGACAAGGAACAUGAGCAUCGGCACAUACCAAGUUAGGCCACUGUUGUCACGUCUGAGUUUAUUUCUUAUCCACUAGAAAACAAUAUGACAUUGGCACAACUUCCUUCCACAUUUCGCAGUUAUAAUUCAGAGUCCCUGUACUAUUUCUCUAACUCAGGAAGACCUUUUUUUUUGGUCAUGCCUGGAAAAACAUGAACUACACCAUUCUGGGGAGAAAUAAACUCUAUGAACUGAAUGGAGAAAGAAAAGGCUAUGAAAUCCAAGGAUACCAGCCUCCUUGUUCCAAAUAGACUUCUGUAUCUUACUAAGUAUCUCUUUGCUUCUUUCCUAUUCUCUUGAGGAACUAAAAUUAAAAAAAAAAAAAAAAAAAAAAAAAAAAAAAUUCCAGUUGUGAGAUUGUUAAUUUCAGCAAGCUCAUCUGAAACUGUUAGGUUCUUUUGUGUAUUGAGUAUCUUGGAAAAGUUGAAUUUGGGGGGCCUGGUAUUUAAAGGUCAUCAUAUUAACAAUCUGACUACCACUCCUGCCAGAGGCUCACAUUCAAAGUCUUGAGAAUAUAGGGCUAUGAAGCCUGCGGCCUUAGAAGACUAGGAAGUCAUAGGUGUGAAAGUAUGGAAGCAACAGAAGGAUUCACUAUUUCCUGAUUUGAUUUUGCUGGUUCAA